CCUAAAACAAUAUCAUCAAUAUCAGCUAUACAUACAUAAUAAAGAAAAUGAAACAAUUACUGGCAAAGCAAAUUGAAUAGAAAUGGAGCACUCUACUAGAUUACCAUAUAGAACUUGAAACUCAGUCAAGAAAUUCACUUCAUUCAGUCACGUAGUUCACCUAAGAGAAUUGAAAAUCCACAGAAAUGGAUACCGUAAUGAUGAAUUUCUAUUUCUUCCUUAAAAUGUUCGGUUUAAUUAUCGUAAAAUUUAAUUCAAGCGGAAGUCUAGUAUUAUCAAGAGUGUCAGUACUGUGGUCUUUCUUAUUAAUAAUUUUGAAUUUUGCACAUCUAUGUACGCUCCCCGACUACGUAACACAUUUAACUAAUUUAACAAUGAGCGAAAAAAGAUAUCUAAGCAUUAGCGCAAUAAACAGAUCCGUUGCCAUGAAAUGUGUCCAACCAUUCUCUUGCGUAAUUGCUGCUCUUGUUGCUCGUAUUAAUACAAUAACAAUUUCGCCGUUACGAGUUGAGAAGAUCGCAAAUAAUUUGAAUAUGGUGGAUCGCAUCUUAAAUAACAAAAGCGUAGGAAAAACUACUUUUCUUGUAUGUUGCGGAAUUACUUUUUUCUGGUGUUUAAUUGUUUGCAUUAGUAAUAUAAUAAUCAUGGAAACUAUCGAAAUAAAUAAUUCCUUGAAACUGCUUUGGGAAUUUUGGGAAUUGCUAACUGUAACUGCAGCAGAGAACAAAUUUAUAGCUUUCAUCAUAAGGCUGACUAAUCAAUUUGGUAUUAUUAAUGAAAAAUUAGAAGAAAUGUGCGACACUAAAAAAUUCUCACAUGCAACGCACUCGUGUAUGGAGAGGAAACGCAAAAUGUAUGAAAAACUUGAUGAAGACGAGGACGAGAGCAAAAUGUCUUUAAAAGAGAAGAUAGAACACUGUCGUAUUGCUCACAGUAUUGACAGAGAUAUUUUUCGAAAUAUUAAUGAUAAUUAUCAGUACUUCCUGCUAAUCAGUAUCAGUAGUAACUUUACGAGUUGUCUUUCCAAUCUUUACUUGACAAUUCAUGACGGGCAACAAUCUUUUUCAAAUAAACAGAAUUAUUCUACUGUCGAAAUUUGGCAAAGUCAAACAGUAAAAAUCAUUACGAGUAUUUUUUAUAUUAUCAAAAUCGUCAUCAUCGUGUGGUUAUCUUCACUGGCUACCAAUGAGGGAAAAAGGUCCGCAUCACUGACAACACGUCUCAUGUCGCGAUCUAAUGAAAUUGCCGUUAAAGAACAGAUAUCAUUGGAACAUGAAAUUUUACUACAUCCAAGAUAUUUUGGACCACAGUUACUUGACACAGUCAAACAAAAAUUAUAUACAGAAGUAGAAGGAACAUGUACCGGCAAAUAUGGUUUUGUAAUUGCUGUAACAACAAUAGACAACAUAGGUGCUGGUAUCAUUCAACCUGGACAAGGCUUUGUAGUCUAUCCUGUGAAAUAUAAAGCUAUUGUAUUCCGGCCUUUCAAAGGAGAAGUAUUGGAUGCUAUUGUCACACAAGUCAAUAAAGUUGGAAUGUUUGCAGAAAUAGGUCCAUUGUCCUGCUUUAUAUCGCAUCAUUCCAUACCAUCAGAUAUGCAGUUCUGUCCAAAUGUAAAUCCACCCUGUUACAAAUCAAAGGAGGAGGAUGUAGUAAUACAAGCCGAUGAUGAAAUCAGAUUAAAAAUUGUUGGUACAAGAGUAGAUGCCACUGGAAUUUUUGCCAUUGGUACACUAAUGGAUGACUACCUUGGAUUGGUGUGCAAUUGAUCAACCGACAAAUUUGAUACAGAUUUGCUUCCCUUCUGCAUUUUAAAGACCAUAUGCUCUUUACCGGAUAAUUAAUUACAGAAAUGCCUUUUUUUAAUAUCAGAUACUGAAUAUAUAUAUACUAUUCCAUAAAUAUAUACAAUAAUUUUGUAUUAUCAACAAUAGUGAGCUAUUAUGGACAACUAAAUGAGUAACAAUAAGUGAAACCUAUCAGCGACCAGUGUCAUAUGAAUUAUAGAGCAUAUCAUUAACAUGGAUAUGAAAAUUUCGAUUAACAUGUACUUUAUAAAUAUUAAAACAUUGAUCACUUUGUCAUCAGUAACGUCAAUUCUUCUCGAUAUAACAUACGAAAAUCAUCAAACGGCAGUACUGGCAUACAUACACUAUUGGUUGGCAAUGCCAACUAUAUCAAGCAGAAUUAUAUAAUAAAUAUAACUUUUCAAGAUCAUAGAUAAUAAUAUAAGUUUCCAAGGUCACACAUUACCUAAAUAUUUUGUAUUAAUGUAAUCAAGCAUUAAUACUAUUACUUUUCUGGAUUAGCGGCUCUCUUGAUACAUCUGGUUCUUGAUUUUGAGUUGGGCUCCCGGUAUUCAUUACGUUAACUGAAUUCGAAGGAAAGGUACGAGAAAAAAAUCAAAAUUACGAAAUCUUCAAUACUUUGAAUUCAUGCCUGAUUUUAUUUGCGACGAAUGAUGUAAUCUGAUCUCUUAAGUAGGAAUAUUCAGGUUCCUUAUCACGAAAUAAAUAAACUGGAAAUA